AUGAUGAUGAGACACGCCCUCGCUAGUGUUCGAGGGCUCCGCACGUCGCUGGUAGCCCCGGCACGCAAGCUUCGCUUCGAAAACUUGCGGGAAAUCAAGUUGCGCGAGCCGGUGGUGCCCAGCCACAAAAACUUCGAUGUGUCGCCCGACCAUCCGUUGUGGGGUUUCUUCCGUGACCAGAAGGCGUUGCGGGUGCUGGACGAGUUGGACGCCGACUCCCGGGAGUGGCUGAUGCCGGAACUCCGCCGCAAAUCGUUCGAGGACUUGCACCGCUUGUGGUACUUGGUGCUCCAAGAACGUAACGUGCUUGCUCGUGAGGUGAGAUUGCUGGAACUGAUCACCUACCGUAAGACUCAAGCCCACCAGGACUUGGACGAUAAGCUUAAGUUGACCCAGAAACGGAUCAAGACGGUGUUGCUUGAACGUCAAACCGCCUACGAACGGGUGCAGACAAUGGUGGAAAAGAAACAACAGUUCCUCGACCAGUUUGCCGAAGACUACCUUGCCGCCGACGACGCUAAGCUCCCGGGGAUGAACGACAAGUUGGUGAGAUUGCAGUACGCCUUCUUCGGCAUGGAACCGAGAUUGGAGGACUUCCACCGCGACGACAUCGACCCCACGUUCAUGGAAGGGUUGCUGUAUGUCGCCAAUCUCAAGGUGCAAAAGUAUAACCAGAACGCUACUCAACCCAUCGAGUUGCCGCUCAAGGCGGUGCUGGAAGAGUUGCCGUGGUUGUUGCAAGCUCCCGAAGCCGCUGCUACUGAAGUUGCCGAAUUAAGACAAAACGGAGUGCAAGCCGUGCCUCCCUACCAGGCCAUCGAAUAUGUCCAGACCAAGUUGGGGUUGUAG